AUGAGUCCUAAGAAGUAUGGUCCCCGGAACUCAAGUUAUACAGUCAUGACCUUCCAUCCAACCAUGGAAGAAUUUAAAGAUUUCAACAAAUAUAUUGUGUACAUGGAAUCCCAAGGUGCACACCAUGCAGGCCUGGCCAAGGUGAUUCCACCCAAGGGGUGGAAAGCCAGGCAGACCUAUGAUGAUAUCAGUGACAUGUUAAUAGCAUGUCCCCUCCAGCAGGUGGUCUCUGGGAGGGCAGGUGUGUUUACCCAAUACCAUAAAAAGAAGAAAGCCAUGACAGUGAGGGAGUAUCGCCAACUGGCAAACAGCCCAAAAUAUUGGGCUCCCCUGCACUCUGAUUUUGAGGAUUUGGAGCGAACAUAUUGGAAGACUCGCCUCUUUGAUUCUCCGAUUUAUGGCGCUGACAUCAGUGGCUCCCUGUAUGAUGAAAACACUCAAGAGUGGAAUCUUGGCCACCUGGGAACCAUCCAGGACCUGCUGGAGCAGGAGGACGGUGUGGUCAUUGAGGGUGUCAACACGCCCUACCUGUACUUUGGCAUGUGGAAGACCACCUUCGCCUGGCACACGGAGGACAUGGACCUUUACAGCAUCGACUACUUGCACUUCGGGGAGCCCAAAACCUGGUACGUGGUGCCCCCAGAGCAUGGCCAGCGCCUGGAGCGCCUGGCCACAGAGCUGUUCCCAGGCAGUGCCCGUGCCUGUGACGCCUUCCUGCGGCACAAGGUGGCUCUCAUCUCGCCCACUGUCCUCAAGGACAACGGGAUCCCCUUCAGUCGGAUCACUCAGGAGGCUGGCGAGUUCAUGGUGACGUUUCCCUACGCCUACCACUCUGGCUUCAACCACGGCUUCAACUGUGCAGAAGCCAUCAACUUUGCCACCCCGAGAUGGGUCGAUUAUGGCAAAGUGGCGUCUCAGUGCAGCUGCGGGGAGGCCAGGGUCACCUUCUCCAUGGAUGUCUUCGUGCGCAUCCUGCAGCCUGAGAGCUAUGAGCUGUGGAAGCGCGGACAGGACCGGGCUGUUGUGGACCACAGGAAGCCCACCUGGCCAGUAAAGGGGGAGCUCAGCACCUGGAGGGAGGUCCUAGCCCCCCAGAAAGCCAAGCUGGGCCUGAGGCACCUCCCACCCCGCCGGGCAGCUCGCACACAUCGACCUGUGGCCGCCAGCCAUGGGACUCGCCGUCGCACCCCAACGUGCCUGGCAUCCACAAGCUCCUUGCCAGGCCAGAGUUCCUCCUCUGAUGCCCAGGCUCACACUGCACUUGUCCAGGCCUGCACUUCCCAGGAUCCUGACCCCACUCGACCACUGACCCCGAUACCCUCUGCUCCAGAUGUGUGUCCCUCAUCUGGUAGACGUGGUCCUGGUCGUCGUCCUCGGGAACAAGAGACUCAGGGGCCCAGCAUCCAGGCUCCAGCCAAGAGGCGUCUCUGCAUGGGAACAGGGCACACAGCCCAGCCUUCUGACACUCUCCCCCUGCCUAUGAGUGGACCGUUCCUGGACAAUCCUGCACCACCAAGCCCCGGAUACCAGUGUGAUGUGAAAGCUUCUGGAUGCCGUUGUGCCCCUGAUCUGCAACCCUUAGGGCCCCCACUGGACCCCGAGAAUCCGAUGCACCCAGGCCCUUGCCUGUUAUCCCUGGACAACAUCACAGUCAGCUUCUCUGACAAUGUCCCACUGACUUGCCCUAAUGUCACUGGGACUCUCAGAAGAUUCCCCAAGGACUCUGAUAGAAAUUGCAAGGCCUCUGGGAAUCAUUCUGAGGUUAUAAUAAUGGACCAAACUUAUGCCUCAAAGAACCUGACCCCAACUCCAGUUGCCAGACUCUCUUGCCCCUCUGACUAUGAUCGUUUGGGGUUCAAUUCUGAGACAGAUGCCCUGUUUGAGUCCUGGGAUGUGGUCACCACCCACACAAGAUCCUCAGCCUUUGAGCUCAUGACUAUUUAA